GUUUUCCAGUGAAGACUGAUUGUUGUUUUAAACUAUACAUAAUGGAGGCUUCUGAUUCUGAGAUAUUCGAAGAUGCAAGAGAUUUCUUUGACAAAGAGCUUCAACUAAAGACAGUUACUUCAAAAGGUAUAGGGUGUCCUGUGCAGCAUUCGGUUUCCUUUCGGUUUCCUUUCGGUAGAGAUGAAACCAUCGCCACAGCCCAGUUUACUCUUAUCAGGAAAUCAUUCACAGAACCUCGGCUGAGCAAUAAAGAACGUCGGGAGCAAACGAGCUGGACCUCGACCACAUUUAAAACAACAGAGGUUGCCCCAAAGUGCUUUAUGACCCGAUCAGUGGAGACUUAUAAUGGAGACUUCUGAUGAAGAGCUAUUUGAAGAUGCCAGCGACUUCUUUGACAAAGAGCUACAAAUAAAUUUUUCUGAAAGACACUUUGCAGAAUCACCCGUAAAAGAGGAGACAAGCACAUCAGAAGUUCCAAACCCACCGGAAAGCAUCAAGGUUGAAAAUAUUAGUAGUACAUCAGUCACCCUAACUUGGGACCCACCUGCUUCCUUAGAGAAGUACCUUGUGAUGUGUUCCUACAAAGGUAGAACUGUUCAUGAAGAAGAAACAGAAAUGAACACAAUUACUAUCAAUAACCUAACUCCAGGAAAAAAAUAUGCCUUUUACAUUGCAACAGUUCUUAAAAAUGGCUGCAGAAGCAAGAAUGCAGUGUCAUUUGCCAGUACUAAAACCAAACUUAAGAGCUUUCUUCAGGAUGUGGGCCUACAGCAACACUUCCCUAAUAAACUCUCCUUGAGUACUGUACUACAGAUAGACAAAAGCACAGUGACAGAUGAUCCAGCACAGUCUCUAUCAGAUUUACCAUGGCUUUUCCUCAAGAAACUUAUGAUGGUUAAUGUAACUGCAAGAAGUGUCAAAUGUGCUUCAUCGACUGAUAAUAAUGAAGACUUAAGUUCAGAUCUGUACAGUGACUUGGACAGUCUUGUUCUUAACCAGGACUCUAGUCAUAAAAUCAGUCCCUUAGACAUCAUUACUGCACUCUUUCAUUGCUCAGACAGUUUUCUUCAACAAGAAAUGGCCUUGAAAAUGUCUAUGUGCCAAUUCUCUGUGCCUUUACUGCUUCCAAAUUGUGACACACAGCAGUGCAUGCUCAUGCUUUGGGCCUUAAGAGAUAUUGUAAAGAAGUUCAGACCACAUUCCUUGACAGAUCCAAAAGGGUUUGUGGAAGACAGGAUUGUUCUAGCUGAUUUACCUUUAGUGUCCUUUGUAAGACUUGGGGACUGCAGCAUCUCCAAAUCUCAAAUCUUGAACAAGCUGCUCAGUAAUCCACAACAAUAUCAUGAUACGUUUGUGCACCAUGACAUGGACUGUGGAGACAUCCCAAGAAAAAUAUCAAAUGGUUUGGUGGAGAUCAGCUGGUAUCUACCAUGUGGAAGUAAAAACAUAGACAUCUUUCAAGAACCUGUGGCAUUUGCAAACCUAAGAGGUGACAUGCGCACAUUUGAGACUCAGUACUCAUUCCUUUGUCAGAUUUCUACAGCGGUUUUCGUGUUCAUUGACAAUUUUGAGUCAAACCAUCAGCUACUCACCAGUACACAUGUAAAAGCACAAUUGUUUUUGGUGAGUAAUGCACAGACUAAAGCUUUCAACCUGGAUUUGUUGAAAAAAACAGCUGCUGCAUUGAAUUUAAAAAACAGCAUCAUUCUAAAGAACAAACAAAAUGAUGCAGAUUUUGUUAAGAAACUCUGUUCCGCAGUGAGUGAUGUUGGUAAAAACAGUUCGAUGACUGUACAGCUGGAGAAGAUGACUUCAGUUGCACAUGAAUUUGGAAUUUCAAUUGAUGAAGACACCAAGGAGUGCCAAAAUGCAAAAGAAAAUGCAGAUGCAAUCACUAGUGAGAUACGGGACACAGUAUUAUUUAAGGAGAAACAGCUCCCAUUGCAGGGUGAGAUCUGGAAGAAAUUGGGAAAAUUAGAGAAAGAGGAGUGUAGACUUCGUAAAACUGGGGAUAAGAACAUUGAAAUCUACAAAAGUGAACUGAUGGAACAAAAGAUGGAACUCAGGAAGCAGCAAAGCAGCUAUGAAAUAUCAGAAGCCAUGACCUGCUUUAUAAGUUCACUGUCAAGUUCAUGUCUCGAAAGAUCCUAUUUCCUGAAAUGGAUGCGAAUGAAUCUGGACAAUCUGUCUCGCAAAAAAUUAUCUUUCCUAAGAGAGCUGUACAAGGAGAAAUGUCAAGAAUCAUCUGAGAAGAAGGAGGAAAUUGCAUUACUUGAUAGACAGAUUUCAAACAGUGCUUUAGGAACUGAACACUUUCUGAGGGAAAUGGGUCAGCUGUAUGAAGCUGCUGUCAUUCUUCCAGAAAAUAGACAGUCACGACAGCAAAUGCAACAUUUACCCAGACUGUGUGCUAAACUACUUUUAGAUGGAUUCCCUCUUGAACUAGUAGAUGGUGAUGCUUCAAAUAUUCCCCUUAGGUGGAUUAGUGAUGUUCUGAAAGAGCUGAAUACUUUAGUGCAUCACAAGAAUAGGAUCAUGGUAGUCACAGUAUUAGGAGUCCAGAGCACAGGAAAGUCUACUCUACUCAAUACCAUGUUUGGGAUUCAGUUUGCUGUCAGCAGUGGAAGAUGCACACGAGGAGCUUUCAUGUUGCUGAUCAAAAUCGCAGACAGCUUUAGAGACAAACUCAACUGUGAUCAUUUAUUGAUCAUUGACACUGAGGGACUAAAAUCACCUGAGUUGGCAAAGCUUGAUGACAGCCAUGAACAUGACAAUGAACUGGCCACACUUGUUGUUGGACUGAGUGACAUCACCAUCAUCAACAUUGCAAUGGAGAACUCCACAGAAAUGAAAGACAUUCUGCAGAUUGUAGUGCAUGCGUUCCUCAGGAUGAAGGAAGUGGGCAAAAAGCCCAUGUGUGCAUUUGUGCAUCAGAAUGUCGCUGAUGUCUCAGCACAUGACAAAAAUAUGAGAGACCGAAAGCUCCUGUUAGAGCAGCUGAAUGUAAUGACUGAAGCAGCAGCCAAGAUGGAAAACAAGCAAGACUACAAGAAGUUUACUGAUGUAAUGGAAUAUGACCCAGAGACUGGAAACUGGUAUAUACCUGGGCUCUGGCAUGGUAACCCGCCAAUGGCACCAGUAAAUGCUGGAUAUUCUGAAGCUGUCUAUGACUUCAAAAAGAACAUGAUGGAUGUACUUGAAAAGAAGACAAUAUCUAUGAACAACAUUGAAGAUUUCUUGAGUGGACAAAAAGUUUAUGGAAUGCAGUAAAAUAUGAAAAUUUCAUAUUCAGCUUUAGGAACAGCCUGGUAGCUGAUGCAUACAUGAAGCUGUGCACUGAAUUCCAUAAAUGGGAAUGGACUUUCAAAAGCACAUGUAUACAUGGUUAACAUCUGCUGAAAACAGAGUUUCAAAUUUCGAG